CAUACUUUGAUAUUUACAUGUAUUCUUCAUCGAAGUAUUUUCAAUUUAAAGAUAUUACACAAGUUUUGUCUUCAUUUCACUCUUGGAUUGGAAUUGGAAUUUAGAUGGAAAUCUUAUGAAUAAUUUAAACAUGUAAAUUCUUGUGAAUGUUUCGUCUUGUGCAGUCUAAUUUAUGCUCGGUUUUAAUUUUGUGGUUUGAUCUAAAGUGUAUUGGAUUAGUUUUUAUUUAUAUGUGUAUUAAUUAUAAUAAUCCGUUACACAUAAAAAUAUAACAGUGAUGGGCACCGAAGUACUGAGCCGGCAAUUUGAUAAUUGUGCCCUAAACAAUAUGCAAGAGACAGAGAUCAAUAUAGAGAAUAUGGAAACCGACACGGCUGAGUCUGCCGCAGCUCUACAUGAGCGUCUCGUCGCAUACGUGCACGCACUCGCCGGAGGCCCAGAGAGUCGGUCGGAGGUGUGGGUGGAGCAUUCGUAUGCGCGCGCACGGUCGGGUAGUACGGCCGGUGGGGAAGCGCGCGAGCUGCUGGCGCCACGGCCACCACGCGACUGCGAGCUGGACGUGGAGAGACUCUCGCCACCGCCGCCCGCGCCACUGGAGCCCGAGAUCGAUGACUACGGCGGAGACUCGGACGAUGACGACUGGGAAUCGCGCAUGGCGGCCAUCGCGCCGGGACCUGCGCAUGCGCGUCUCGUCGCCGCCGCUGCCGACGCGCUGCGUGACAUGCGGCUGGCUCGCCUCGCGGGCUGCGGCGCGGGAGCCGCACGUGACGCGGCGCGGCGGAUGCGGCUGGCGCUUGCUCCGUUGUGGGUGUGGCCGGGCCCGCCGCAGCAGCGUCCACCCGCGUGGCUGCACGCCGUACUGCUAGCGUACUUACCGCCCGCGCGCCGCCGUGAUUACGACGACAUUAUCGCGCAACUGCGCUACCUGGUGCCGCGGCUCUCAGAGAGGUUGCUGCUGGGCCGCGUACCGCCGCCAGCGGUGGAUCCCCUCGCGGUAGUCGGUCCUGCGGCGCCGGAUACGGGCCCGCUGGUGGCGUGGCUGAGCUGCGGCGGCGACGCUCGGUGGCGGCGGAGGUUGCGCGCGCUGGUGUCCCUGCGCGAGCUGCGCGCGCCGCCCGGCGCCGGCUGCCCGCAGCGUGCAGUCGCCUCCGUGGCCGCCUGCCUGCGCGGCCAGCUCGCAGAUCUCAUCGCUGAGGCCGGGUCGCGGCCGGUGGUGGUGGGGGGCGCGGGGGCGGGCGCUGCGCUGGCGGCCGCGCUGGGGGGCGCGCGCGCGAAGCUGCUGGUGGCGGCGCCGCUGCGCACGGCCGAGGGGGCGGCGCGCGUGGCGGGGGGCCGCGCGCUGCUCGUGGUGGGGGGCGCGGCGGCGCGCGGCGGCCGGCCCCCCGCGGGGGCGGCGGGGGCGGCGGGGGUGCGCGCGCUGCUGGUGGCGGGCGCCGACGACCAGCUGCGGCUGCCCGGUCGUCUGCGUCGACGCAUGCGCCUGCCGCAGCACGCGCUCGACGCAGCCAUCGCGGAUGAAUGCGCGCGUUGGGUGCAUGAGAUAGCAGAGGAAGAAGAAACCUCGCAGGACCCAUCACGGGUCAAUACCAGUGAGUUAACAUAUUUUAAAUUGUCUAUUCGCGCAGAGGACGUAUCUCCUGAGCGGAUCGAGCGGACCGAACGGGAGCGAACCACGGGUGGCAAUCGUUCUAUCGAGAUAGUUGAGGGCCGCGUGGUGAGCCGCGUGUGUGGCUCCCGUCCCCUGCCGCUGGCGCCGCCGCGCCGCCGCCUGCCGCUGGCCGCCGCCGACAUCCUGCAGCUGCCCAUCGUGUUCGCGGACGACGACCCCACCCCCGCGAACCCCGUGCCCCCCGCGCCCCCCGUGGCCCCCGUGUCCCCCGCGCCCCCCGCGCCGCCCGCCGUCACGGUCACCAGCGGGAGGCCACGGUUCGCGCGCGUCAUCCUCGCCAAGCGUGGUCGCCCGCGACGACCUAUGUUGCUGCGGGAUCAAUGACCCCCCUAGUCGAUCUGGAGUAAGUAAUAAUAAUAACCCUGAACAAUUGCCACAGCGCCAUCUAGUCCCACAAUAAGCAGAGCUUGUGUUAUGGGUACUAGACAACUGGUAUAAAUGCUUAAAUGUUUCUUUUUUUUAAAUACAUGCAUAAUUUACAUAGAGAACACCCAGACCGAUACAAACAAUCCUAUUCAUGAAUACAAAUGUUUAUAUUGUACGUGGAAUGUGUGUAUAAAUGGAACCCGCGACUAUCGAAAGAAAAGCGGUCCUAUAC